CUCGUUUCCACGGUGACCAGUUCCCACAACUCAAAUUCCCAUAUCGCGGAUUGUCCCCACUUCAAGCGUCGAGUGUCGCACACAGUGCAUUGACGAUUACACAGGACAACGUUACUUCGGCGACAAAGUUCUUAUUGUUCUUCCUGUUGGUCAUCUUCAAGAAGGAUCCCGACGAGUCAAGUUAUGGAAGCGUCUACUGUAUUCAGUAGCCUCUGAAACCAAUUCAUGAUCUGGUGUAUGCAAAUGAGGGGGAUUAAACUCUGUGAGUAAUAUAAACAAAUUUCGAAGUUGCAACACGGUGAAUCGUGACAGUUGAUCGUUCGUUUACGAAGAAAGGAGCCGUUCGUCUCGCGUGGUGAAAGUCAAUUCUGCACUACAGACAAUUUUCCUUAGUCCCAGCAUCGGAAUUCACGAGAAUUACGCUAUGGAGACUGCGACUGCUCUCACUGAGGGAGAUGGACAACCCGAGAAGUGCAACAGAAGAUUCAGAAGGGAAACUUUUCACCAGAUGCUGGCUUGCUUGAUCGCGAACUCUUCGGUUCUCGGACCCGCAAUGGGAGUCGGAUACAGCGCCGUUGCCCUCGGACCACUCGGCUCACCCAAAAGCGGGAUGUCGAUUACUGAUGAUCAGCUGUCUUGGUUUGCGAGUGUGACGGCGAUCACUACACCAAUUGGAUGCAUACUGUCCGGUCUGGCGAUGCAACGAAGUCGAAGAUUCGGGAUAAUGACAACAUCGUUCGUGUCGUUGGUUGGCUGGCUGGUGAUCUACUUUUCACCAAGUUUCGGCUGCGUCCUAACUGGAAGAGCGAUUUGCGGUGUGGCCGUAGGCCUGGCGUCGGCACCGUCGACGAUUUACGCAGCCGAAGUUGCGGGCUCUAACAUCCGGGGAAUCGUUGUGACCUGGACCAGCGUAUCGAUCGCGACUGGGGUCUUAAUCGUUUACAUGCUUGGAUUCUUCUGUAAGGAAAACUGGCGACUCGUAGCGUUGCUCUGCGGUAUGUUCGCGGCAGGUUCGUUGGUCCUGACAUUCCUUAUGAUGCCGGAAUCCCCGACGUUUCUGAAGGCUUCCGGGCGUUCGAAGGCAGCUGAAGAUUCGUUGCGGCGUCUCAACGGCGUGCGAAAGGACAAAAAGACGCCGGAACACCUCCUCGAGGAGCUAUUGAAAUCCAAUGCGAACGUCGACGAUGCGGCCAGGCCGGUUUCGAGAAUUGGCAGCAUAUUCAGGGCCGAGAAUCUCAAGCCAUUUUUCGUAAUGGUGGGCUACUUCUUCUUCCAACAGUUCUCAGGCACCUUUGUCAUUAUUUAUUACGCGGUCGACUUUGCCCGGGAGGCUGGGAUCCAGAUGGACGGGAAGCUGAUGGCCAUCUUUAUCGGAUUAACCCGGGUCCUGGGGACGCUUUGCGUGUCGUGGGUGUCCGUGAGGUAUGGACGGAGGAUUCCGUCAGUGGGAUCCGGGGCAGGGAUGACGCUUUUCAUGGGGAUACUGUCGGUCUACUCGUGGGCUUCGAGUAACGGCUUCGAGAUUCCAGACCGAGGAGUGAUACCCGCGAUCUCGAUCCUCAUGUACAUACUGAUGAGCACUAUGGGGUUCUUGGUCCUGCCAUUCGCUAUGAUCGGUGAGGUCUAUCCGGCCAGGUUCAAGGAUAUACUGUCAGGAUUGACGACCUGCCUCGCCUACGUCUUCAGCUUUAUAGCGCUCAAAGUGUACCCCGAAAUGCUUAAGUCGAUCGACAAGCACGGUGUUUUCAUCUUCUACACAGCUUUCUCACUAGCCGGGACUAUUUUCGUUGCUGCCUUGUUACCCGAGACGAAGGGCAAGACUCUUCGGGAAAUCGAGGAGUCGUACAAGAAUAACAAAAAGGCGAGUACCGUCAACGGCAAAACGAAAACUAUAGGCUGCAGUGAUGAAAAUGGUGAUAAGGAUCUUCAGCUCAAGAUUAUUACAAGCAAAGAUCAACGUCUUAAUAAUUCAAUGGACCAAGUUUAACAUUACGAAAUUAGUUAGUAUAAAUUAUAUAAUUGUUUUUAACGCAAAUGCCACUAUCAGUUGUUUUGCCAAAAGCUCGUUCUACUUAUCAUUCUCUUUUCGCAAUACCGUGCAUUGCGAUAUUUUCAUAUCUGUGUCGAACGACAUUAUCAGGACCCCCCCAAGAGCGGCAAACGAAGAUUAUCUAUACAACAUUAAGAAUCGAUUGUGAAAUGGACAUUGCGUUAUACGGCUACAUCACUAGAUAUAUAAGUAUUCAAACUGUCCUAAUCAAACAAUAAAAUUAAAUGAAGAGUGCAUAGGUUAAAGACGAUACACGCCGAUUAAGUUUUGCUCCAAAGCUCUCCAAUAUUAAGGUUGCUCCAUUUCUGGUUUUGUUUUAUUUGUUUUUUUUAUUAAAAUCUUAAAUAAUAAAUUAACAAAAGGGGUAACAAUCACAAUAAUUAAAUAACAAACACAACACAUGACGUGGAAACAGAAGAAAAUAAAAUUAAAGAAGAAAUGAAAAGGCAAUAAUAGAAAAAAAACAUUGAUGAUAAUAAUAUUAGUGAUAGAAAUAAUGAUAAUGAUGAUGAUGAUAAUAAUAAUAAUAAUAAUAAUAAUAAUAAUAAUAAUAAUAAUAAUAAUAAUAAUAAUAAUAAUAAUAAUAAUAAUAAUAAUAAUAUAAUAAUUGGAAUAAAAAUAAGAAUGAAAAUAGCAAUACAAGAUUGACGAUACUGAUAACAACAAAAUAACACAUAACGGUAAUAGCGGUAAUAAUAAUAAAAUUAAUAAAUAACAAAAUGAUGAAGUGCAAUAAUAACCGAAAUAUUGGAAUAAUGGUAGUGAAAAAAAUGACGAUGACAAUGGUAAUAAUAAUAACAACAAUAAUGACGAUAGAAAUGACGAUGAUUGCAUAAGUAUAACAAUAUUUAUCGCUAUACAUAAGUGUAGCUAACAUUAAUAAUUAAAAGAUGUUACCUCGAUUAAGAUUUCGAAACAGUGAAAGUACAUUUUGCGUAAUAACCGCGGUGUAUAACAUUUUUCACGCGGUACUUGUGGUUCAAGUGUAUUAUAUACAAUAAUGAAAAUCGCCGAUCGAAUAAUUGGGUGACCAUGUAUAUUGUUUAUUUUUUUAAUAAACCUAAAUAGAAAGAGACA